UAGGGUGUUUUUAACUAUAAUUCCUCGAAGACGAGAAUAAAAACAAAAUAAUACGUCACUGAGAUUCGCUCCGCCGCAAAGGCUGAUGGGAGAGCUGUGCGGCUUUGGAGACAUUUUGGUUUUAAAGGGGCUGGACUAGCCGAAGGUUCUGGCAGUCGGUUUCCCUGAGCACUUGUCAAGAUGUCCACCAUGGUGUAUGCCCGGGAAGAGAAGCUCGAAAAGCUCUCUCAAGAGGAGAUCAUAUCCAACACCAAACUGGUGAUCCAGGGUUUGGAAGCCCUCAAGAAUGAGCACAAUUCCAUUCUCCACAGUCUUUUGGAGACCAUCAAGUGCCUGAAAAAGGACGAAGAGGCCAACCUGGUGCAUGAGAAGUCCAAUCUGCUGCGCAAGUCAGUGGAGAUGAUUGAGCUGGGCCUUGGUGAAGCACAGGUGAUGAUGGCCCUGUCCAACCACCUGAAUGCAGUGGAGUCCGAGAAGCAGAAGCUGCGUGCGCAGGUGCGGAGGCUAUGCCAGGAGAACCAGUGGCUGCGGGAUGAGCUAGCCAACACCCAGCAGAAGCUGCAAAAGAGCGAGCAGAGUGUCGCUCAGCUCGAGGAAGAGAAAAAACAUCUGGAGUUUAUGAACCAACUUAAGAAAUAUGAUGAGGACGUUUCCCCCUCUGAGGAAAAGGACCGAGAAACGCCAAAGGACUCCCUGGAUGAUCUCUUCCCCAAUGAUGAAGAGGAGAAUGUGCAACAUCAACACAACAGUGCAGCAGUGGCUGCGGCCCAACAGGGAGGCUACGAGAUCCCAGCUCGUCUGAGAACACUACACAACCUGGUGAUCCAGUAUGCUUCUCAGGGCAGGUACGAGGUCGCUGUGCCCCUCUGCAAGCAAGCUUUGGAGGACCUGGAGAAAACCUCUGGACACGACCAUCCCGAUGUAGCUACUAUGCUUAACAUCUUGGCUUUGGUUUAUAGGGAUCAAAAUAAAUACAAAGAGGCUGCACAUCUUCUCAACGAUGCUCUUUCCAUCCGAGAGAAAACCCUGGGGAAAGACCAUCCUGCUGUUGCUGCAACGUUGAACAACCUGGCUGUGCUGUAUGGAAAGAGGGGAAAGUAUAAGGAGGCUGAACCUCUGUGCAAGAGGGCUUUGGAGAUCAGAGAGAAGGUCCUGGGGAAAGACCAUCCAGAUGUGGCCAAACAGCUGAAUAACUUGGCUCUGCUGUGUCAGAAUCAAGGAAAGUAUGAGGAGGUGGAAUACUACUACUGUCGUGCCCUGGAGAUCUACGAAUGUAGGCUGGGCCCGGAUGAUCCCAAUGUGGCCAAAACCAAGAAUAACCUGGCGUCAUGCUUUCUCAAACAGGGAAAGUACAAAGAGGCUGAGAUUCUGUACAAAGAAAUUCUGACUCGUGCCCAUGAGAAAGAGUUUGGAUCUGUUGAUGCUGAAAACAAGCCUAUCUGGAUGCACGCAGAGGAAAGGGAGGAGAUGAGCAAGGGCAAGCAUAGGGACAACACGCCUUAUGGAGAGUAUGGAGGCUGGUAUAAAGCCUGUAAAGUCAACAGCCCCACCGUGAACACAACACUGAGAAACCUGGGCGCUCUGUACCGUCGUCAGGGCAAGCUUGAAGCUGCCGAGACCUUGGAGGAGUGUGCUGUGAGAUCCCGCAAGCAGAGCAACUCAGGCAUUGACCCUAUCCACCAGACACGCAUGGUAGAGAUCCUGAAGGACGCAGACGGCGACAGGCGAAGGAGCAGGGAGAGCUUGAGCAGCGUUAAGUACGAGAGUGGCUCUGAAGCUGGCGAGGAAGUGAGUAUGGGCGUGGAGUGGAACGGGGACGGCAGCGGAACACUCCAGCGCAGCGGCUCUCUGGGCAAACUCCGAGACGUCCUGCGUCGUAGCAGCGAGCUGUUGGUCAAAAAACUGCAGGGCAACGGACCGCCUGAACCUCGCAGCACCAACAUGAAGCGAGCCGCUUCAUUGAACUACCUGAACAAGACGGGUGAUGAAUUAUUCCAGAUUCGAAGCAAUAAUUUGAGGGUGAGCCGAGGCCUGAGCUCCAGCACCAUGGAUCUGUACUCCGGAAACUGAGCUGGAAUUUGAAGUGAACCUUCUCGACCUGCCAACGUCAGACCCAAAGAUGUUUCCUCAUAACACUUGCAUCCAAAGACCCUUUCACUUGUCUGAAUGCACAUGGAUUCUGGUAAAAAUGUGCUUGCCUUCCUUUGUUGUUGUACAAAAGUUGCCACCAUUUUGAUUUUGCAUCAUCAUUGUACACUUGGAGUGAUGUUAAGAGCAUGACACCAAGAUCCUUUUCUCACAUAUCCUGUGCCAUUCUUUUUUUUUUUUAACAGUGCUGAUUGUCCUUUUCCUUCUCCAUGAAAAGUAAUCAUACAUUUUGUUUUAGUCCUCUCAAUGCAUAAAUGAGCUGUGUAGAGGUUUUGAAAUGACAUCUUGUAGAUUUGCUAUGAUUGGUGAAACUUCACUUGUCUCUGUUUGCCGGUGGAGAUGUGGCAUUGGACUAAAGCUUUGGGAUACAGGGUGAAUGAAUACCUUACUGUCAUCACGUGACUCGCAGACCACAGAAUGGAAUGACAUUUUGAAGUCAAAUAGGCUGCUACUUUCAUUCUCUUUUAGUUUUGAGAGCUGUGCGUGUUCACAACAUGAACAAGGCAACUCGUAUAGAUCAUGACAAACAUCCAUGUGACCACCCACUUAAAAACAACUCCAACUUGAAAUUGUUUACACUGAUGAGGAUGUGAUUUAUGUUUGAAUUGCUACAAUGUGACUGUCAUAGUUUGCACAAUGCUCAAAUACUUGUCUUCUGUCUUUUAAAUGAAGUGAUUCAAAAGAA